AUGCAGAACCCGCUGCCGCGAGAAGCUCGCACAGCACAUCGGUAUGGAAGAAGCACUCAGGCAGGCGCGUUCGCUAAUGCAGGACAAGAGCAGCAGCUAGGCUUCCGGAUAGAUCCCCUAGACGUCAGGCUCAUCACCGGACAUGACGAAGCGUAUACCUGGAGCUACAUGCCAGAGAAGGCAUAUCUGUUUCAGAAACAUUUGAGCAAACAUUCGAUGGGUGCAUGCAUAGAGCUUUACGACGAGGUGGGGAAGACGUUCGAGGCAAUCAAAGCCGCUAGAGCACCUGAUUGCCAGACAGAGGUCGACGUCAGCUUCACAGGCACGAUCAGGCAGUUAGAGCAGAAGUACGCGUUGCUACAGCAAGACCAUAUCCAUGUGGUCGAGGAUUGCGAGCGUUGGAAAGCACAGGCGACGAAGCAUGAGCAGCUCAGGGCGAACGCGGACAACGAGCUUGCGGUCAAGAAAGCUGACUUGGAGUCUGCCCACGCCGUCGCCCAAGACUUGCGCCGGCAGCUGCAAGUCGUAUCUGAGGAGUUGGGAGGGUUGCAGCAACAGCACGCCAGGACUGUACAGGGAGUAAACGAGAUCUCCAGAAUGUGGGAGGACGUCAGAUCUGGAUUACGUACCGUUGCCGGACCUGCCACUGUGUGA